UAAUUUUGACAUCUACAAUAGAGUGCGCUCUUGUAUAUCCGCAUCAUUACAUACACCGUUUACUAUCUUACAAAAAGAGAAGCUUCAUACUUACGCUGUCCAUCUUUUUAAUAUAAGAUCUUAUUGCGUUUCUAGAACAUACUUAAAUAUGUCGGAAACAGAUAACGUUGGGCAAGAAAUGGAGGCAUCUGGUGAACCUGAUGCAGUGUCAGAAGAAGAUAGACAGUAUUUAUUGGAAUAUGUAAAGGAAACUGAACAAAGAUUAACAAACAAAGAAGAAAUUAGAGCUGCCAAUUUGAAUCCUACAAGACCACCAGAUACAUAUUUCAGUAAAUUGGAUUCCAGUCUUAAAAGAAAUACAACAUUUGUCAAAAAGCUUAAAAAUUUUAGCAUGACUCAGUUAGAUGCUGUUCUAAAAGAUAUGGCUAAUUUAAAUUUGACAAAAUAUGUUAGUGAAGUUGCUACUGCAUUAGUCGAUGCUAAAUUGAAAAUGAAUGAUAUAUCAUCAGCAAUUAAAGCUUGCAGCUUUUUACAUCAGACAUAUGCAGAGUUUUCUGCACACUUUUUUGAAAAUUGGCAAAGAAUAUUAUCUUUAAAAAUUGGAGAAAAAAUUGCUAAUCCAAGUAAACUAAGAGUAGAUUUACGUUUUUAUGCAGAACUUGUAAAUGCUGGGAUUUUUACGCACAAACAAGGUUUACCACUUCUUGGUUCUGUAUUAACAGUUUUAAUUAACAUGGAUAAAGAAGAACACAAUAAUGCAAGUAUUAUAUUAAGUUUUUGUCGUCAUUGUGGAGAAGAUUACGCAGGUCUUGUUCCUAGAAAAGCAAGGGAAUUAUCAGAAAAAUUGAAUAUCCCAAUACCUAAGAGCAAAUUACUCUCUCCUGACAAACAACAAAAUGUAAGAUUUUUAUUACGCGAUUAUUAUAAUUCAUUGUGUAAACAUUUGCUGAAAGAACAUAAAGAACUUCAAGCUUUUGAAAAACAAAAUCGUAAGAUUUUACAAACUAGAGGUGAAUUGAGUGCAGAAAGAAAAGAGAAAUUAGAAUCCCUUCAAGUAUCUUAUGAACGUCUUUUUAAUGGAGUACAAAGUUACUCUGAUACCUUAGAUGAACCAAUACCUGAACUUCCUGUAGAUAUUGAAAUGAAGGCAGAAGCUGAGGAAACAUUAAAAAUGAUUAACGAAGGAGAAGAAAAUAGCAUUUUGGAAGAUAUGUGGGGGGAUGAAGAAACAAGACGAUUCUAUGAAGUGCUGCCUGAUUUAACAGUAUUUUUACCAGGAUCAUAUCUAAAAGAAGUACCAAAACCUGAUGCUCCUAUUACGGAAGAAACUUUGGACGAAGAAAUAACAUUUGAUGAAUUAGAAGAGACUGAAAAAGUGGAUGAACCAGAAGUGGAAACAGAAGAACCUCAAGUUUCCAACAUAAGUAAUAAAAUAUUAUUAGAUGCAUUUCUUAGUCAUUUGCCAAAUUGUGUCAAUCGCGAGAUGAUUGACAAUGCAGCAGUUGAUUUUCUCAUCAAUUUGAAUACAAAGCAUAAUAAAAAGAAAUUAGUAAAAGCAUUAUUUGGUGUUUCUAGGAUACGUUUAGAUUUGCUGCCAUUCUAUUCUCGUUUAGCUGCAAUUCUGUAUCCUGUAAUGCCAGACGUAGCAAAUGAUUUGUGUUUAAUGCUAAAACAUGAUUUCAAAUAUCACGUCCGAAAAAAGGAUCAAAUUAAUAUUGAAUCAAAGAUAAAAGUGGUACGUUAUAUAGGCGAGCUUGUAAAAUUUAAACUUUAUUCAAAAAUAGAAGCAUUAUACUGUCUGAAAGUAUUGCUUCAUGAUUUUACUCACCAUCAUAUUGAGAUGGCAUGUAAUUUGUUAGAAACUUGUGGAAGAUACCUCUUUUGUUCUCCUGACUCUCAUCAAAGAACAAAGGUCUAUUUGGAACAGAUGAUGCGUAAAAAGGCUGUUACUGCCUUAGAUUCCCGUUAUGUAACAAUUAUUGAAAACGCAUAUUAUUUUGUAAAUCCUCCCGAAUCAACUGGUGGAGUAUCUAAAAAAGAUAGACCUCCUAUUCAUGAAUUCAUCAGGAAACUUCUCUAUCAAGAUCUUUCUAAAACGAAUACGGAUAAGGUACUUAAAUGGAUGAGGAAAUUAGACUGGGAAGACGAAAGUGUAUCUUCAUAUGCUAUAAAAUGUCUCACUGCUGCAUAUAAUGUAAAGUAUUUAAAUAUUCGAUGUGUUGGAAGUUUAUUAGCUGGAUUAGUAGCACAUUAUGAAACAAUAGGUCCUCAUGUGGUAGAUGGUGUAUUAGAAGACAUAAGACUGUGUAUGGAAAUUAAUUUGCCUAAAUACAAUCAACGUCGCAUUGCCAUGGUUAAAUAUCUUGGAGAAUUGUAUAAUUAUCGUAUGGUUGAAAGUGGUGAUAUCUUUAGAACUUUAUAUCUAUUAAUUACAUUCGGUGUCAGCAUGGAUCAUUCUGUUCCAAGUGUUCUUGAUCCACCCGAUCACUUAUUUAGAAUUAGAUUAGUAUGUACACUUUUAGAAACCUGUGGACAAUAUUUUAGUGGAGGUUCAAGUAAGAAAAAGCUUGACUAUUUUUUGGUAUUCUUUCAAAAUUAUUAUUGGUUUAAAUAUACAGAUCCUAUAUGGACUUCUGAAAAUCCCUUUCCCGUAGGAAUAGAUUAUAUGUAUCGAGAUACUUUGACAAUGCUUAGACCAAAAAUGCAACUUUUUCAAAGUUAUAAAGAAGCGCAAUGUGCUAUAGAAGAAUUAAGGAACAUAUUGUAUCCAUCCCUAGGAAGUACUACUACAGAAGACAUUGAGCAUACAGAGGGAGAAUCUGAUAUGAGUGUAAUUGUAGAAGGAGAUGAAGAAUUGCUUGUAACAUCUGGAAAUGGAAGUGGCGACGCAAAAGGAAUGGGAGAUUUACAUUUUGAAGAAUCUGAAGAUUGUUCAGAAGCACAAUCUGAAGAAGAUUGGACAGCAGAAGCGGAAAGAGAUGAUACCAUGGGAACUCAGGAAAAUACUCAAGGAGAUCAAAGUCUAUCGGAAGGUGGUACUGAAGGAGUUAUAAUGGAUGGUACUGAAUUAAAUGCUGCUCUUCCAGCAGGUCCAAAAAAGAUGACGUGUCCUGAAGAUGAUGAUUUUCUUUCUGCACUUGAUAAAAUGGUAUCCGAUAAUAUACAGGAUAGAAUGCGUGAUGCUGUUAAACCACAACAAGUUGAUAUAUCUGUACCAUUACAUAUAAAAAGUACAAAAAAAACGUACGAGCAAUUGCAAGUGCAAUCAUCUGAUAAUUCUACUAUGGACUUCAUACUUAUGCUGAGGAAGGGUAAUAAACAACAAUAUAAAAAUUUAGCUGUGCCAGUAUCAUCAGAAUUAGCUAUGAAUCUUAGAAAUCGCGAACAAGAACAAAAGGAGGAGAAAGAACGUGUAAAAAGAUUAACUUUGAAUAUAACAGAAAGACAAGAAGAGGAAGAUUAUCAAGAAACUAUAAAUCAAGGUACACGGCCGGUAACAGUAAAUCUAAAUAGAGAACGACGACAAAAGUAUAAUCAUCCUAAAGGUGCACCAGACGCUGAUCUUAUAUUCGGACCAAAAAAAAUUCGGUAAAUUCAUGCAGCACUUGCUCUGAAAAGAUAUUAUUUUGUACUUUGUGAACACCGCGUAGUCUCACUCUACGGAAUUUUGACCAAUGUGAAACAGUGCAAUUGUAAUUAUACAUCAUACCUUCUACUUUUAAUUAAAGAUGCAACAUCUAUUGUUUAUAUAGAUUCGUCUUCCCUUCGUUUUGUUAUUAGCUUUAAGAGUAGUAUUGUUGAAUAACUUGUGAAUGGGUGCACGAUUGCAUGCAAAAAAUCAUGUUAGAAACUGUUACUAUCGAGCAAGUCAAAUCAUAAUAUACUGAGAAUAAUACUUUUCCAAAUGCUUCAAUGUAAUACUUAUAAUUAAUCUUAUUUUCUAAUGGUUUGUAUAAUAUGCGCAUCAUGACUAAGAACUCUCUUAUGUACAAAUAAAUAUUUCUAUAAAAAUUGU